UAUUGCACGUAAGCCAAGUUUGUGUGGGCAGCGCGAGCGUGAAGUGGAAAGAUGCAACGGAAUACGAAGCAUCGAGUGUAGUCGCAAAUCGUUUUUAUUAUUAUCUUAACAACUGAAAAUGAAUGCAGUUAAUUGUGCUAUAAAUAUAUAUAAAUCAAGCAGCAACGCCGUGAAUUCUGUUACUAAAUACUUGCCAGCGCAUCGCAAUAAGUGUAUAUUUUGUGAAAAUUCAAUAUUUUCCUACUUGUGUUCCUUUGACGUCACUAGCUGAAAGUCAGCUGUUUGUUUGACGCAGGCCAAACAUGCCGUAGUUUGUUGUUGUUGCACAAAACCAAAAACAAAAAGUAAACUAAAAGAGUCAAAAUCCAAAAUGGAUAGCUACAUGUACUAUAAAAGUCUGCGCGACAGCGCUGCCCAAAAAAUCGCUGCCGUCACAGAGGCCUCUGCCAUGGUCAGCAGCAGCAGCGCUGCGACGCCACACGUCGAGGAUGGCGGCGUCUCAAUGGAUAAUUUCUACCCGGCUUUAGUGCAAUGUUUUGGCAUUAUAAUCUGUGGCUACAUAGCCGGUCGCUUUAAGAUAAUCAGCAAUGCGGAAACGAAGGGACUUGCCACAUUUGUGGGCACCUUUGCCCUGCCCUCGCUCAUCUUUCUCUCGCUGGUGGAGCUCAACUGGAGCGCUGUCAACUGGACCUUUUUGCUCGCCAUGCUCAUCUCGAAGGCCAUCGUCUUCUUUGCCGUGCUCAUCAUUUGUCUGCUGGUGGCUCGACCUUUGAACUAUGCUCGCGCAGGCGUCAUGGCCAUCUUUUGUACUCAGAGUAACGAUUUUGCCAUUGGUUAUCCCAUAGUGAUGGCUCUUUACAAGAAUGUGCAUCCGGAGUAUGCCUCGUAUUUGUAUCUCAUGGCGCCCAUUUCGCUGGCCAUUCUCAAUCCGAUUGGCCUGAUACUCAUGGAGAUUAGUAAGAUUAUCAAAAACAAGGAGGAGGUCAGCCGCAAUCCACCACUCUGCCCAGAGACCUGCCCCGCCGAGCAGAUGAGCAAGCAACGUCGUUGCUUCGGCGAGCACUCGAUACUCGUGGGGAACACAAUCAAGUCGCUGUUCUUCAAUCCACUGCUGCUCAUGACGCUGCUCGGCGUCGCAGGUGGUUUCCUCUUUCCCAAGGGACUGCCUGAAAUGGUGGCCAGUGUUUUGCGCGUCUUUGGACAGAGCUUCUCGGCCACGGCGCUCUUUUUGCUCGGUCUGAAGAUUGUUGGUGGCAGCUCGGGCUCCGAGCGCAAACCGAUGGGCAUGGGUCUCCUGCUGCCCAGCGUGCUCAUAUUGGUCAAGAUCUUGGUGCUGCCUCUGGUCUGUCGCCAGACAGUGAAUAUUAUCCAGGCUGGCGCUAACUUCAAUGACACCACUGAGCUGAGCACCUUUGGCUUUCUCUACGGCACCUUUCCGGCGGCGCCAGGCGCUUUUGUCAUUGCUACCCAAUACAACGUGGAAGUGGAACUGAUUGCGCGCAGCAUGGUUUUGUGCACCUUCAUCUCGGCACCACUUAUGUUUAUCUCAGCCAAAAUGAUAUCGCUGACCAAUCUAAAGCCACUGGAUUACUUGCAUGAGUUGGAUGCCUUCUCUUUCGAUAUAAGUGUAGCUGGAGCCGCCGCCUGCUGCUGGAUGCUGGCGCUGUUGAUUGUGACCAAAAGAUUUAAGCGCAUGCCCCAAAGAAUUACAGCUUGCUUGGUGCUCUCGCAGCUAAUGUGCUGCAUUGGCGUCAUACUCUGGUCAAAGCUGGAUCAUGUGGAACGUUGGCCUUUGUAUUUACAAUUCUUUCUAUUCAACAUUGGCACUUACAGCUCACGCUUGUGGACGGCCUUUUUGGCCAUAACGCUGCUCUUCCUACAGUGUCGCAGCUUGUGCUUUGUGCUAAAACUCUGGCCGUAUAUGCUUAUCUUUGCCUGGGGAGUGCCAGGGCUCAUCUCCGGCCUGCUGAUUGCUUUUGAUUCCAAAUCCAUGCCCAGCGAGAAACAGAAUCCCAGCUUUCAAUAUGGAAACGCUCAGGCGGCGAUUGCAGUCUUUAUGCUCGUCAUGUGCUUUAUAGUUACUGUGGGCUGCUUGGUGCUGCAUCAACGCUACAAGAAGCGCUAUGAAAAAUACCUGACCUAUUCGCGUGAGCUCUCUAAUCCGGAUUCUGCAACCGAUUUACAUUCGACGGUGUCGACUGCCAAUUUGCUGGCCAACACAGAUCGUUCCUCGAUUAGGCAGAGUGUGCGCACCACUUCCUAUUCGUCCUCGUCGGAUGAUGAUGAAAUGAUAACCACGACUGUUGUUCCGGAUACUCGGGCUAGUGGCGGCUGUGGUUCAGGCAACGGCUGUUGUUCCAAUUCAGCAGUGACCACGCCCACAACAACAUCUACGGUAGUCAUGGAUAUCGAGGAUCUGCUGAAUCGCAGUCGACAGCGCAAUGGUAUGAAUUCCACGGACUUGGAUAAAAUUGACAUUGCUCCAGCUACUGAAAACCACAUGUGCAGCAGCUCGUACAAUUGCGGUCCGAGCACAUCGCGUCAGAGCUGUCAGAACAUCAUUGAGCGCUAUGAGGAGCAGACGCGCAGGGGACUGGAGCCGUUGGAGCAUACGAGCGACAGCGAUGAGCAUCAGACAUUGAAGCACACAAUCCUAUUAAUCAUACUGCUGUGCUCAAUGUUUGUCGGUCUUGCCGUGUCCAUUUGGACUCUAGUCAUGGAGGGCAUGUCGGGCAUCUACUUGGAAUUGAGUUUUCUCGAUGCGUUCCUCAACUUCGGCCAAGGCUUAAUUGUGCUAGCUGUUUUCAUAAGUGACACGGGCGAGCUACUGAUGCCGCUAAUCAAAUUUUGGCGUAAAAUAUGGUAUGGCGCCAAUGUUGUCAGUCUGCCCCACUGGUCGAAUCUGCAUCCCGAGACAAAACAGAUAUGCGAACAAUUUCGCAAUCAUCAUUUGGAGAACUGCAAAAAGGAUAUUGCCAAGGACAGAAGAUGGCGCAUUCGAGUCUAUCGCAAGGUCUUUUAUGGCAGCGAGUUUGUCAGCUGGCUUAUUGAGGUCGGUCUCUCCAAGGAUCGCAUGGAGGCUGUGCAUUAUGCACGACAUCUAGUUGAUGGUCGCGUGCUGCGACACAUUAACAACGUUUAUCACUUCGAGGAUAAACAAUUGCUUUAUAACUUCUGUAGUCGCAUCUAGGCGACAAGAGCAGAAAGAAAAGUAGAAAAUGCAACGACACCAAAUUUUAGCUCGUUUUUUAUGUUUAAGUGAGAAUCUUGUAAUUUGUGUGCUGUGAUUGUACGCACACACACACACACAUCCCCACACAGACACUCUUACCAGCAGCCAAAUAGGAGUGUUUGUGCGUGUGUGUGUGUGUUCGUGAAUGGCUAAGUGUCUAUCAGUGUGUAUAGGGAAUUUGUUUAUUGUUUAUUUAUACAAAUGAUGGAAAUGCUUUGACAUUUGCUUAUACUAUAAGUAGAUAGUAAAUAAUGAGCAGCUAAUGUUUGAGCUAUAGUGCAAUACUUUAGAUAUAUAAAAAUAUAAUAAUAACUGUCACAAGCAAACGAAAAUACUGUGCAUAAAACGUGUGAAUGCAUAUACAUAAAAAUAACUAAAUAUAUAUACACAAACAUCAAUAAAUUGAUAUAAAUAAAUAAAUAAAUACCUCAUGCCGUAAGGCCGCAAA